AUGAUUAACAAACAGGAUUUGGAAAAUGUUUACCCAACAGUUUUGACCUCGAACUCAGCUGAUCCCUUAGUUUCUAGUUCAACAAGGGCUGUCCAACUGUCGACAACGAAUCCAGCUUCUGAUACAUUCGUACCAGUCCAAAAGAACAUAGCCGUGGAGGUUUCGACUGCUAGAUCUGCUGUAAUUGCCACAAUAAAUUCUUCCAACUCUGCUUGCCCACUUCCUGAUGCAAAAUCAAACACCGUUGUCGCUCUCUCGCCUCCUAACUCCCAGUCUGCUUCAUCGCCUACUCCGCCUAUUUCCGCCUCAUCUCCUCAGAAUAUGCUUGCUCCUGAUUCUCUAAACGGUUCAUUGUGUUCACCCAAAGCGGUCAGUCCUUCGACGGAAUCAGUUAUUCCUGCACCCUCUCAGCCCGAGUCUUCUGGCUUUGCGAACAGUCAGGCUCACAAUUCUUCGCAAUGCGUCAACAUACUUCGGUGCUCUGGUAUCAACUCACAACAAAACAAUCUUCAUACAGGUACGGUGUCAGCGGCCAGUUUUUCAUCACCUGUUUCCAUACCUCUGUCGCAUACUACACAGACUCCGACAACUCAGGCAUCACAGCAACCCCCUGCUACUCCUCUACUGAUCUCCCAGCAGCCAACAUUCACGCUGAUUGGCAAUCUUCCAUCAACUAUCUCGUCUUUAACAAGCAGUCUACCUGCAACCAUCCUGUCAAUUAAUAAUACCAACAACCGUGGUUCAUUAUCGUUUAGUGGGGUCAAUAACGGACCUGGCGCAUCUGCCUCUAUCUCAAACAAUGUGUCUGCCAUUGCUGCGUUGCUGCGAGGGCUGGUCCAGUUUAAACAGUCUUCAGAUGUCUCUGCUGCGACCUCUGGUAAUACGAUCGCUGUUAUUACAGAGAAGUCUUUAAAUGAAUCUCCUGGCUUCUCGACUUCCGGCUAUUCAAAUCCCUACCAAACAACCAGUUCCUCUCUAUCCAUGGUGUCGGCGGACACCGUAAACUCCCCUGUAAACACCGCCAUAUCCACUAAUUCUGUCGAUAUAAAUACUCUUGCGGCUGCCGUAGCAGCUGUCACGGGAGUUUUCCCCAAAAAUCCUACGAUAACUCCUGGUCCGGUCCCGGGGUCGAUUUUGUUAUCCUGUGCCAAGCCGACAUCAGGCGAAUCAGGUCCCGCUGUAAGCUCAUCCCAACCUAAUGUUGCAAUUGAUGUGUCGCCUCAAAGCAUUAUUCAGCGUGUCGUUGCCACUGGGAGUGGAAUUCAAAAAUCGCUUGUCCGCAAUAAUAUUGUUCAACCAACGCUUGCCGGUUCCAGCACAAUAUCGGUUAUUCCGUCACUUUCCAAUGGUCCGGCUUUUAGCGAAAUAUCGCCGCGUCCGCCUACCGAUGCUACGGAGCAAUCUAGGAUUGUGAAAGGUUCAAGGGAGUUUUCAGAAACUCAGGAUCCGACAAUUGAUCGCAUUCUGGAGACAAUUCGUGGACAGAUGCGUGCCUCGGACUCAGGUAAAAGCAAAUUGAUCGUGUCAAAUGGUCUCAAGCGGUCCUCUGACUUAAAACCCAUCGACAUUUUACAGUCCGCGAAACUUACAGACGAAAACAAAGAGAUUGUAAAUCAUUCCACUACUUCUGGUACUAUGGUUUCAAAGUGUCAAUUUCCAAUUAAGAAGAGCAAUACGAAGUUGGCUCUCGUUGCUCCGAAUCCAGCCACUAAAUCUGCGCAUGUGCCUCCGAUCUCCAUAGCCUUAAAUCGUCCCACUGUUGGAUCCACGGACUCUGUGCACAGCAAGGUUUACAAAUGUCGGUACUGUGGGAAAAGUUUCAACCGUAAGUUUUGUCGCGAGCGUCACGAACGCCUGCAUACAGGUGUAAAGCCCUACACUUGUGAGGUAUGUGAUGAAAAGUUUAUUCGACUUGAGGACAAGAAACGCCAUGUGCGUUCUAUCCUUCACACCACACGUACCGCCGCCCUUGCAUGUGCGAACGGUAAAAUGAAAGCCGCUACACCGGCUGGUCCACCUUCAUCUGAAUUCGCCGUCCAGGGGCGGACAGAGGAUUCUGCUAACGAGGCAACCUAUCUAGUGGAUGCAGAUGACGCCGUUGACGGAAACGACACUGACAGUCAACAAUUGGACGACGGGAGUAGUGGUGAGUACAAGGAGGACUCCCCCUUUGAGGCCCAGCUGUGUAUAGCAGACGACGAGAUGGACAACUGCAGCGCAAACGAUCAGUCGGAUGGUGACAGUUCGGCGGUCACAGUACAGUUUUUUUCAUCGGGAAACGUGAGCCAGACCGACUCAAUCCCCCCCUUUAAACACUCGAGGCGAUCUGCGCUUAAACAAUGUAUUGUGCCGGUUCGAGUACCUAUCACUGAUGUUGCUCUGCCGACUGCCGUGUCAUCCGUCUCUGCUGACGUAUCCUUGCCCCCCACGGCAGAUACAUAG